AUGAGUUACCUGACCUCUGACCCUAACCAGACAGAGAACAUUGACCCCAUUAUCCGACCCCCCUACUUCUUCAUCAGUGGUUUCAUCGACAUCCCCCACAUGGAGUAUUAUUACGUCUUCCUCUGCUUCGUAUACAUCAUCUCUCUGGUGGGCAACACCUUCGUCAUGAUGGUCAUCUACAUGGACAACAGUCUCCACAGCCCCAAGUGCAUUGCUGUGUUCAACCUGGCCUUCACAGACGUGUGUGGCAGCACUGCUAUGGUCCCCAAGCUACUGGAUACGUUCCUCUUCAGCAGACAGCUCAUCUCCUACACCCAGUGCCUCGCGAGCCUCUUCUUCAUCUUCCUCUUCCUCAACAUGCAGUCCUUCAACCUCAUCAUCCUCUCUUACGACAGACUGGUGGCCAUCUGCUACCCGCUCAGGUACCAUAUGAUAGUGACUCACAGGUCCAUGUUCCAGCUGACGGGUGCUGCCUGGGCGUUUGCUGUGUUCCUGGUGUUGCUGGCUGUGUGCCUCAUCACCCGACUCUCCUUCUGCCGGUCUCUGGUGAUCAACAGCUACUUCUGCGACCACGGUCCCCUGUACCGUCUGGCGGCCCCCUGUUCUGAUGUGGUCCCUAACAUAGUAAUAUCUUAUCUCAACCCCUGUAUAGUCCUCUAUUUCCCCAUGGUCUUCAUCAUAUCAUCAUACAUCUGUAUCACACACGCCCUGGUCACCAUCACACUGCCCCAGGACAGAGUCAGAGGCAUGAAGACGUGUACCUCACACCUGAUACUCGUAGCCAUAUUCUACCUGCCUAUUAAUAUCACCUACCUCCUUCACCCAGUCAUACCAACCAACGCCCGGAUAUUCAACCUCUCCCUGACUUUGGUGCUGCCGCCCAUGCUCAACCCAAUCGUAUAUGUUCUAAAGACAGAGGAGUUUAAGGAAUCGGCCAAGAAGCUGCUUCGUAAAAGAAGAGCACAGCAAGCUGUGGUGCCGAUCCAAUCAACAUGA